ACUUUCACGUGGCAGGCCGUAUCAGCAAGGCCCUAUAUACCGCCGUAUCAGUAUAACACACCGCUGUUGCAAUAAUUGUACAAUAUCCAAGGCUGUGGCAUCAAAAUGGAACAGAAUGGCGGGAGCUCCAUAAAAGCUGAGCCCAUAACAAAUGAGGAAAAAGUGAAGUCAGAAACAAAGUCCAAAGUUCUCCAAAGCAUGAAACAGUUUCGUGAGGUAAAGAACACUGAUGACAAGAGUCAGCAGAAAAAGGAAAGUGAACAGAAGUGCAAUGGAAGAACUGAAGCAGAAGUUGGAAUAAGCCAUUUUAUCGAUUCUUCAGAGGGUUUCACAGGGAUUACAAAGCACCGAUGGGGUGACUUCAUUGUACAUGAAAUUGACCUUGCUGGGGAGGUAGUGACACUGACAGACACAGCUGUUCCAGUGCAGCAGCAGAAGGCAAAGGGAGAUGCAGUUAGGCCUGCCUGGUUUCCAGAGGACAGCUGGAACAAGCUCACUGAUCUCAGUGCCAUGGAGAAAAGUGGGGAGGUGGUCAAUAUCCCAGCCGGGCAGCUCACCAAGGAGCAGAGGACCCAGUUUCAUGAAACCAUCAAAUCAUCUUUCCCUGGGAUGGUCACCAACACUGCUGAGGCUGAUGGCGAGAAGGUGAUCUCAGUGAGGAAGGCAAGCGCUGCUCCCGACAAAAGGAACACAUUCUGGAAGCACAAGCCCUGGCCUCAGGGCAGGCCAAAGUUCCUCCACUUCUGCAUGUUUAAAGAGAAUCUUGACACAUUUGUGGCUUUGAGCAACCUGAGCAUGGAUCUGAAAACCAAGUCCAACAAGUUUGCAUUUGCUGGCACCAAAGACGCCAGAGCAAAAACAUCUCAGAUGGUCUCCAUCAAGCAGAUUUCAGCAGAACAGGUGCAUGAGGCAGCCAAGAAAUUCCAGAAGAUCAUAGUUGGAAACUUUGCCUACAAGGACCGCGAGCUCAAGCUGGGUGACCUCAAGGGCAAUCGGUUUGAUCUGGUGCUGCGCCACGUGCAAGGAAAUGAGGACGUGAUCGCUCGCAGGAUGACCUCGUUCCAGUCGGUGGGCUUUGUCAACUACUACGGCAUGCAGCGUUUCGGCACCACCAGCUCGGGGACUCAUGAGGUGGGCCGUGCGAUCCUGCGACGCGAGUGGCGGGUCGCCGUCGAUCUGCUUCUCUCGGGCCGUGAGAGCGAGAUGGGGAGUAUGGCGGACGCGCACCGCGCCUGGCGGGCCGACCGCGACCCGCAGAGGGCUCUGUCCUGCCUCACCGGCCGCCAGCAAAGGACGACGAUCGAGGGACGGGUGCUGCACACGCUGAGCACCAUCCGUACCACCGCGUAUCAAGAGGCGCUCGACCGACUCCCGUCGGGCACCCGGCAGCUCUACGUGCACGCCUACCAGUCGUGGGUGUGGAACCGGCUGGUAUCGCGCCGACUGGCCGAGCACGGCCUGAAGCUGCGGCCCGGAGAUCUGGUGCUGGCCGGUGACCAGUCCACUGCCGAGGAGUCAGCCACGGACAUGGAACCGGCCGCUGAACUGGAGACAGUCGCUGAGGUAGAACCCACCGCACCGACCAGCAGCGGCGGACCGCGACUGCCUGAGGUGCACGCGCUCACAGAGGCCGAGCUGGACGCGCACUCGAUCUAUGAUCUAGUGAUGCCUCUGCCUGGCUGGGCGGUGCGCCAUCCAGAGAACGAGCUCUCGUCCUGGUACAAAGAGAUGCUCUCUCAGGACGGGGUGGAGCUCACACAGAAGCUCUGUGACACUAUGCCCCAGUACAGCCUGGCUGGCGCCUACCGGCACGUUCUGGCCCGGCCGGGUGAUGUCUCCUGGCGCGUGCUGCGCUACUCUAACCCCAACUCAGACCUACUGCUGAGCGACGUCGAUCGUCUUCGGGGAGCGGCGGAACCGGCCGACGAGCCGGACGCGCCGUUCCGAGCGCUCAUCAUGCAGUUCUCUCUGCCGCCGUCCAGCUACGCGACAAUGGCAGUGCGGGAGAUCACCGGUACAGACUCCAGCCUGGUUGCCCAGAUGAAACUGAACGCUGCUUACAGUGCUGAGAUCCAGCAGGCUCGAAACCCGUCCAACAAAGGACGGAAGGCAGAGGGAGACGCCGAGAAGGCGGAUGGAAAGAAGGCGGACGACGAGAAACAGUCUGGGGAUCAGUCCGAUCGGGGUCAGAAAAGGUCAACGGAUCUGGAGGAGGGUGCAGAUGAGAAGCGGUUGAAAACCGAGGCUGUGUAGCAUGUGCUUUCCUAGCUCAUCAUGUGUUAUAGCUUGACGGUCAUGCUCGGUCUUAGCUUGGUCAUGUUGUAGCUCGGUGAUGUUUCUAGCUCGGUCAUGUACUUCCUCGCGAUGUCAUCAGAAAGUGGCUUUGAAUAUACAUAUGACUUGUA